CCAAUUUAUUACUAUAUUGUAUUCAUAAUAGUUACCUAUAGUUGACUGCAACAAGGUUAUUUACUUUUUCUUAAGAAUUAGCCAUUAUUUUUAAAAUGUAUUUUCAUGAAACCAGAACUAAUUGUAUUCAUGAUCGAUCGUACUACAGUUAUCUAACUUGACCUUUGGUUUCAUGCUGAUUUCACACACAACAACCGCUGGUGGCGCGUAACAAACUUUCCAUGACAACCAGGCAAUAGCAACAGACGCAUCGAUCGACUCAUCCACACAACUCAGCUUGUCUGAACCGCUGGAAGAAGUUAUGUGUUUCGUAUGAUGUUGCUGUGAUAUAUUGGAAAAUAUUUGUUAAUUAAUGAUAACAAUACAUUUUAUUUUAUAAUGCUUACAUCCAGAACUCAACUUCCACUAGCAACUGCAAGCGUUGGACCAGUUUCAUGGAGAGAUUCGACGAUAAAAGAGAUAAAGUUUUCUCAGGCUGUGGUUGAGCGAAGCGACAAGAAAGGUCUUGACUGGGGUCGGACAACUGAUCCACUUCCGUCACUGCGAGAUAACUGUGCACUGCAAAGUAAUACAGUGGUCUUGUCUUACGUUAGGGAAACAAGAGCUGUCCUUGUGAAGCUACGAGAAAGCUUCUUGGAUACAAAUGAAGAAGUUAAAUCACUUAUACGUGGAAAAGAGGCACUAGAAAAGAAGCUUGAGCAUAUACGUAAAGAUAUUGCCUUAAAUAAAAUAAGUACGGAAGUCAGAUCUACAAGACCGUCUAGAGAAAGGCCCAGAGAUGGAGCAGAUGGUUUACUUGAGAAAGAACUACAACAUCUAUAUCAUCUUAAAAAAUCACUGGAGACCAAGUUGAGGGCAGUUCAAAAACAGCUGCAGGUACUUGACAUGUGUAGGAAGCGUCUGAAUGCAGUUUUACAAGAAAGAAACAGAGUGUUGGAUCUCUUGUGCCAUGCUGUAUCCUCGGUAACUAAUGCAAGUCGAAUUAGUGGCCGAAAUUCCCGAAAUAGUAGUGGACGCUCAUCAAGACAGGACAAGCUAAUGACCUUUGGAUCCAAUGGGCUUGGCUACACCCAGCAACUAGAUGCAAAUAUGAGAGAUACCAGCGAUGAACCAAAAUCUCCUAGCAAUGGCCAAGAUCUUGAAGCACAAGAAAAUUCUGUCCUAGAUCCCUUGGGACCGUUUACCCCAGAAGUAGCAGCGUCUAUGGCACAGGCUAGAGAAGCCAGACAGAGAUCCGUUUCUCUUAGGAAGGAGAUUAAAGAAGCGAUUGAAAACACGCACAAAUUGCAGAGUGCAGCACACCAAGCUGUCAACAGUGGUCUUAAUAGAAAGGUUGCAGAAACUGUCACACUACAGCAAAAUCUUCAAGUGGCCCUAGGAGAGAACAGGCAUGCCAUUCACAGAGCACAACGGUGGUAUGAUGCCACAGAAAAGGCUAAAGGCUACACUGUGGGUCCAGAACUUCAGUCUGACUUGGAGACAAGGGAACGGUUAACAAGGCCUCUGGUUAGAGUCUACCAACGACACCCAGCCACUAACCUUCCUGAGGCACAAGACAUCAUUAAGGUGGGUUUGUAAAUUGAUCUAAAAGCGAAUAG